AGAUGACAGCCGCAAGUCCAGGCAGUACACGCGUGUCAACCUUGGAACCGUCGGAGGUAGACCGACCUAGCAACAAGAUCGGAAACCCGCUAGCCGCAUCCGUUCUACCUCGGCUCGAUCGCGCAUCACAAGCAGCUCCCCAACCGAACGACUCGACCGCCCAGGUCAUCAAAGCCGACGACGUCCCAUUUUCAAUCCAUAUUACAGUUUCGUCCUUCUCGACACAAUUGGCAAAAGAUAACUACAAGCUUCGGACGGCUACAGAAAGAGCAAGAUUACGAGACAUCGGAAGAAACCACGUGGGCAGCAAUCAGCAAUGGCGGAAGCGUACCAGAAAGAGUUCUUCAACGUCUCAUUUCCAGCGGAAUAUGUUGCGCAUGUUGAGAUCAACAGGCCGGAAAAGCUGAAUGCUUUCAAAGAGGUCAUGUGGCUAAACCUUUCCUCCAUCUUCCGCCAACUCUCCCACGACCCCUCCGUGCGCGCCGUAAUCCUAACCGGCGCGGGCGACCGCGCCUUCACCGCAGGCCUAGACGUGCAAGCAGCUUCAGAAGGCGGCGCCCUAUCCUCCCAAGCCGACACUUCAGAUGGCGCACGCAAAGCCAACGCCCUCCGCCGGCACAUCCUAGAAUUCCAGUCCUGCAUCACCGACAUCGAGAAAUGCGAGAAGCCCGUCAUCGCCGUCUUGCACGGCGUAUCGUUCGGUCUGGCCCUGGAUAUGUCAUUAGCGUGUGAUAUCCGCGUGAGUACGACGACGACGAGGUUCAGUGUGAAAGAGGUGGAUAUAGGGCUUGCGGCUGAUAUUGGCACGUUAUCUCGUCUUCCUCACUCUGUUGGCAACUUAUCCUGGGUCAAGGAUAUUGCGUUGUCGGCGAGGAUCUUUGGGUCGGAUGAGGCGUUGCAGCAUGGGCUUGUGUCGAAGGUGUACAAGGACAAGCAGGGGGCGGUUGCUGAAGCGACGAAGUUGGCGACGUUGAUUGCGUCAAAGUCGCCCGUGGCGGUACUGGGGACGAAGGAGAUUAUCAACUACUCCAGGGAUCGGCCGAUUAGUGAGGGAUUGAACUACACGGCUGUGUGGAAUGCGGCUAUGUUGCAGACGGCGGAUGUCAAGGAUGCUAUGAUGAGUGGGUUGAAGAAGACGAGUCCCAAGUUCAGUAAGCUGUAAAAAAGCAAUCAGAUG